CCAGUACCUCGCUCCUCCUCUCCAGCGGUCCCCAUGGUAACGCACAGGGUAGAGCAGCUUAGCAACACGGAGACAGAGCGGCGGCAUCCGUGGUCCAGACAGCGCGACAGCAGCGAGAGGACAACAGCAGCAGCGCCUGGCAAACAGCCGUCAGUCUGCUGUGUUCACAAUGAAGUUCGUGGUGGUUCUUGUUGGAGCGGGCGCUCUGGCCUUCCUCGGAGCGGCCAUCUGCAUCAUCGCCAGCGUUUAUCCCCGAAAACGCGCCGCGCCUCUCAGCGACAACGGUACCCUGGCAUCGGAGACGCUGCUGGAGCCGCUGGAGCCGGGAUCGGUGGCUCACGCCGGACCGCUGGGCGCUCUGCACGGCGCCGAGUCGUACGAUGGAGGGAACGGGCUGGGAGGAAUCGGCCUGGAGGUUCCCACUCUGAACGAGCUCAACCUCGGGGAGCAAACAGGGGGAGGAACGGCCAAACAGUUCAGCUUCAGCCGACUCAUCUGCACUCCUGUCCCGGUCGGAGAAUGUAAGACCAAAGAGCUGAGGCAGCGGCGGCAGCAGCAGCAGCAGCAGCAGCAGCAGCAGCAGCAGCAGGCGGAUGAGCCGCUGUACGGAAACGGGGAUGAAGACCUCCGGACCACCGCCGAGGAGCUCCGGCAGAUGGUCCUACAGCAGAACGAUCAGAUACUCAUGGACCAGAGGACCAUCCGGGAGCUGACCGGGAAGCUAAGCGAGUGUGAAAGCGGUCUGGAGGACGAGAGGAGCGUCCCGGAGCGGAGCAUCGGGGUCUGGAGCGGGAACCGCCGCGUCAUGGCCGGGGAUGAUGUGAGCUCCUCCGCCGCGGCGCAGCUGCAGACGGCGCGGGCCGUGGAGGAACUGGCCCGGGCAAUCAUGGACCUGAAGGACCGCAUAGAGAAACUAGAGGCAGAGAUCGGUCCUGCUGCCUUGAACCUUUCCGACACAUCCGUUGGUGCAACAAGCAGCAGCAGCAGCAGCAGCAGCAGCAGCAGCAGCAGCAGCAGCAGCAGCAGCAGCAGCAGCCCUCCUGGUAACACCGGCAGAGCUCCAGCUCCACCCACCGGCAGUGCUUCCUCCCCACCUGCCGGCGCUGCCCCAGGGGCCCGCCGUCCCGCUUCCCCAGCCUCCCCUGCCUCACCUGCCCCCAGGCCUCCCGCCAAGGGUUCCCCUGGGCGUGGAAAGGGCACCUGGAGGGUGGAGGACCUGGAGGGAGAGCUGGAGAGAAAAAUAAAGAUGCUGGAAAAGGAGCGUCAGGCCAUGAGAAAGGAGACACAGGGCCAACAUGAGAAGAUCAACCAGGGGAUCGAUACCGUCAACCACCGCGUCACUGAGCUGGAACACACGCUGACUGAACCGUCGUUCCCUGACGGCUUCGUGCUGUCCUUCCCCAUGAGGACCAACUACAUGUACGGCCUGGUCAGGAAAGAGAUAACUGAGAUGUACGCCUUCACUGCCUGCGUAUGGCUCAAGGCCAAAGAAGGAGGCAUCGGGACCCCGUUCUCCUACUCUGUGCCGGGUCAGCCCAAUGAGCUGGUGCUGCUACAGGGAGUCCACAAUCCUGUGGAGCUGCUCAUCAACGACAAGGUGGCGCAGCUGCCUCUAUCUCCACCGCAGGACGAGUGGCAGCACAUCUGUGUCAGCUGGACCCUGAGGGACGGGGUGUGGAAGGCCUACCAGGGGGGCAAGAUGAAGGGCAGGGGAGAGGGACUGGCUGCCUGGCAUCCCAUCAAACCUGGGGGUGUGCUCAUACUGGGACAGGAGCAGGAUACGUUGGGCGGGCGUUUUGAUGCCUCCCAGGCCCUGGUUGGUGAGCUUUCCCAGUUCAACCUGUGGGACCGGGUGCUGAAACCUGCAGAGGUGGCUGCCCUGGCUGAGUGCAGCUCCUCAGCUCUGGGGAACAUCGCCCCCUGGACCGACCAUGACGUGGAUGUCUACGGCGGAGCCACCAAGGAGUCCCUGGACCCAUGCCAUGCUGCUCAGAGGUCCAGCCCCUCCAACCCCAAACAGUGAAGGGUGACUGGGAGAGGUCGACCAAGGGCGGUCGUGUUUGAUAGGGCAAUUUAGGAGUCCAUUCAGGAGUUUAAAGUCGUAUCAAAUUGGAGUUUACAGUAUAUUUACUUGUUCCUGGGUGGGAAGCUUGCCGGUGGACUGAAAGAUGGCGCUAUUAAGUCGUUAAGAGUGGUGUAUCUGUUUUGUUCUUUGUGUUGGUGUCCACACUCAUGUGUUUACUUCUGCAGUGAGAUACAGUGAGUUUAGUCACAGAAUCACCUUAGUGAAGGCUGCAUGGGGCGAUCAACGUCUGGCAUGAACAGUUUCAAUGGAGACACUAAAUAAUAGACUACCGAUCGGAUCUGGUGCCACUUUCUGUUUAAGGGAAUAGUCUGUUGGACCAGUUAACCAUACAUGAUUAUUUCAGGCAAAGGGCCUUGAUGGGUUUGAAUACAGUCAUAGAAAUAACCUUUACUGAUGCUGUAUCUAAGGGUUUUGUCGUUUUACAACAAAGUGACACAAAAUUCUGUCUUUGCUCAUCUUGUGUCCAGUUGGUUGUUUUAAAUGCUACAACUGAUUUCUGAGAUGCUCUUGUGGUAAUAUUCAUUUUAUCACUCAAUGGGAAACAAAACGAGUUUUUGUUCAAUUUUAACUGUAUAUGAUCCUGUUGAAUAACGUCUGUGUGCUCUUAAGUUUUCUAUAUUGCAUACCAUGAUCUGGUAAAACAGUGGUCUUAUAAAUGUAUAAUGUGUAAUGUACCUCUGCUAGUGUUGCUCUGUACCAGUCUGCUCCCCCUGCUGUAGCCUCUCACACACCUCACUAAGCAAAGCGGCAGCAUUUUGCUUUGUAACGUAGACAAAGCAGCACUCUCAACGGACCUCUGGAAUAAACAUUUCAUGUCUAACUAAGCACCAAUCAGACACUGAUAUAAUGAUGAUAAAACCGUUGUACCCUUGAAUGUAAACCAGAUGGAAUUUAAGUGUGUUUGCAUGAGUGUUUUCACAUUUCUUGUCAAAAAAACCCCAACAACUAAACAUGCAAAUUACAUUGUUUGUGUCCCCCAGACUGCCUCACAACACACUUUAGCGAUGUGUUUUUGGUCAAAAAUGUCCUCACAGACAGCGAGGGGCAAGUCUGAAGAUUCCAUGAUGAAUAGAUAAUGAUGUGUAUGUAAUAGCUGGCUCUGUGCAGAGGAACAGCCUGAAAAGAAUUUCUUUUACCAACAAGCACACACUGACAAUUUGGAGUCGACCCACACAGAAGCGUCUGGAUCUGCUAUCGUUAGGUGACUGUAAAUCCCUGCUUCUGUUACUAUUUUCGCAAAGUAAAGCACAACAAAGCAAACACAUAAAUAGAAAGAAAACUGAAUUAGAGUCCGAUGCCAUUUUUUUUGUCAUAAACAGCAAAAACUAUAUUAUCCGUCUUCUUUGUUCCAAAAAACAUCUAAUGCCAUGUAUACAUCAUGCAAACAUUUAUAUCAGAAAGAGUCUAAUAGUGGAUAUCCAUUACAGAGACAGUUAGUAAAAUAUUCAGCAUAAGCAAAAUCAUUUCAAAAGGCUUCUUGACAUUUCCCUUGAAUGAAAUGUUUUUUUUAAUUUUUUAAUUUUACAGCACAGUUUCUUUAUAGUCGACCUUUAUAGCUAUUUGUCACAUUUACCACUUUGGUGUUAAUAUAAUCUGUAUUUAAUAAUAGUUAGACUGCAAAUUAAUGACAGAAUCAAGAUGUGUUUGUCAUACAAGUAAAAAAAAGUACCUGAGGAUAACUGUCUCAUUGCAAUGUAGAGUCUGACCAACACUGGAUAUUUGGGGCCAAUGCGGACACUAAUUGAAGGCAAACAAAAAAACACUCUGAUAACAGCACCGUGGCAGAUAUUUUUUGUACAUAUACAUAUAUUUAUACAUUCAGUAAGUUAUAUUGAAAAGGAAAAAUAAUUAAUAAUCACUUGUUAACUCUCCAGCAGCGUAUUUCACAACUACAAAUACAAACCAAUCAUAAAGACAAAGCACUUUCAAUGGACUCCGCACCACCGUCUGCUCAGCUGUGAUACAUACUCUGCUACAUGUGCUGCAGACAGUGCUGAGUAUUGUAAGCAAUGGAGGAUGUUCUGCUCUGCUGAACAAACUAUCAGUUCUAAAUUAGCCUAAGCAUCCUAUUCUGCAUUAUGUUCAGUGCAUAGACGACAACAUGUAUGCUGAUACUGAUUUUAAUAGAGGAUUUUCUUCUAUAGCUACUGCAAUGACAGAGUUUUGCUUGAGCCAGGUGUGGCUUCAGAUAGACUGAUCACCUGAAACUCUGAUGCUCUCUGCAUCACAUUCUUGGGAUUAGAUUGCGACUUUUCUUUUGAAUAUGCUCCGUGAAAUGACAGCAUUCCUCCGAUGUUCAGCAUCUGAUUUGCAUCUUUGCUCGCAACAACAAAACAGAUGGGAUGUGCCGAAUGUCUUGCUUCGUGUUCACAGUGGACAUCACAGGAACAGAAGGUGGAGGAAGCCAGACACACUGUGAGGGCUGAGGGUUUGAUUCUCACUUUGGCCAACUACACUAAAAAUGUAACCAGUCAACACUGUGCAGCAAAAUGAACUGUGGUCAAGAUACAGUCAGUGCUUCUGUUCACUUAUUACCUCAAGACAUCAGCCCCACAUAUGAUCUGACACCUUGUUGUAAAGUGCCUGCCUGGGCUUUCAGGCCCAAAAAAAUAGUCAAAUGUUUUUAUGUUUUCUUCUCCGUCUCUUUCUUCUUCUUCUCUCUCUUGUUUUUGGUUGUUGAUGGCUGUGACAGUGUUGCGCUUGUCCUUAUUUGCAUCUUCAUGGAUCUUCUUUGAUAUUGUGAAAUAGGUGGAUAAACUAAUAAAAUGGCUAUGACAACA